GAGCUCAAUUGAUGUGUGUGGAUUUGGAAAGGACUGGUCUUGCUAAGAAGUGGACGUGCAUCAGGAUCCACUAUGGCACCCACUGGACUCAAAGCCGUUGUUGGAGAGAAGAUAAUGAAUGGCGUCAUCAAGAAGGCAAGAGAAAAGGGAAAAUGGAAAGUGCUUGUUGUGGACAAACUGAGCAUGAGGAUGAUUUCCUCAUGUUGUAAGAUGACAGACAUCAUGUCCGAGGGAAUCACCAUUGUAGAAGACAUAACCAAGUGCCGGGAACCUCUUCCAAGCAUGGAGGCCAUCUAUCUGAUAAGCCCUUCAGAUGAGUCCGUUGAGGGUCUGAUUGAUGACUUUAGGGAUCCAAGCUCUCCGAAGUACAGAGCAGCCCAUGUCUUCUUCACUGACACAAUUCCAGACUCCAUGUUUGGCCUCUUGACCAAAUCUCGAGCCUCCAAAGCCAUGAAGGCCUUGACAGAGAUCCAUGUCGCCUUUCUACCCUAUGAAUCUCAAGUCUUCUCCUUGGAUAAAGUGGACGCCUUUCAGGACUUCUACAGCCCCUUCAAAGCUGACGUGAAGAACAACAUGCUGGAGGCUUGUGCUGAACAGAUUGCCACCCUCUGUGCUACUCUCAAAGAAUAUCCUGGAAUCCGAUACAGAGGGGAGUACAAAGACUGUGUUGUUCUGGCCCAGAUGCUGCAGGACAAGCUGGAUGGAUACAAGGCUGAUGACCCCAAUAUGGGAGAGGGCCCAGAUAAGUGCCGCAGUCAACUCAUCAUCCUGGACCGAGGAUUUGACCCUGUAUCACCUCUUCUACAUGAGCUCACGCUGCAGGCAAUGGCCUACGACCUGCUCGGCGUUGAGAAUGAUGUCUACAAGUUUGAAACCAGUGGGAUGGGGGAGACCAGGACAAAGGAGGUAUUGCUGGAUGAGGAUGAUGAUCUGUGGCUGACUCUGAGACAUAAACAUAUCGCAGAAGUUUCAACGGCUGUGACUCGAUCUUUAAAAGAAUUUUCUGCCAGCAAAAAAAUGAACACUGGAGAAAAGACCACAAUGAAGGAAUUGUCACAGAUGCUGAAGAAAAUGCCUCAGUAUCAAAAAGAACUAAGCAAGUAUUCAACCCAUCUUCACUUGGCUGAGGAUUGUAUGAACCGCUACCAGGGGACCGUUGACAAACUCUGCCGUGUCGAACAAGACCUAGCAAUGGGCACAGACGCAGAGGGAGAAAAGAUUAAGGAUCCCAUGAGGCUUAUUGUCCCUAUUUUACUGGAUGCCAACGUCAGUGUCACUGACAAAAUCCGCAUCAUUCUGCUUUACAUCUUCCUCAAGAAUGGUGUGACUGAAGAAAACCUUUGCAAGUUGCUGCAGCAUGCCAACAUCCCACCGGAGGACAGUGACAUCAUUUCCAACAUGGCCCACAUGGGUGUGCCUAUUGUCUCUGAGGGCACUGCCAAGAAAACCAAAAAGCCUGACCGUAAGGAGCGAAUCAGUGAGCAGACCUACCAACUCUCAAGAUGGACGCCACUUGUCAAGGAUCUCAUUGAGGAUGCCAUUGAGGAUAAACUUGACAUGAAGCAAUACCCGUACAUUUCCCAGAGACAAGCGGCAGCCAAAGCCAGUGCUCCAUCAAGUGCUCGCUAUGGUAACUGGCACAAAAACCGAGGUCCCACAGAGGUGAAGACCGGGCCGAGGGUCAUUGUCUUCAUUAUUGGAGGCAUGACCUACAGUGAGAUGCGCUGUGUUUAUGAGGUUACGCAAGCCAAUGGCAAGUGGGAGGCCCUGAUUGGUUCCACUCACAUCCUUACGCCUCCCAAGUAUCUGAAAGAACUACAGCACCCGGAUUUCCUCGACCCCAAUGCAGCACCUGAAGGCAGCGUUGAGCCGUCAGCAGAGUGACGGAUGCCGAGGAAGACACCAGAUCGAAUCUACUGAAAUGGCUACACUUUUCAAUAUUCUAAAAACUCCCGAGGACUUCAGGACAAUCUGACACAAAGACCGAAAGAGCAAGCCCCAAAUUUGUCAUCUUCACCCGUGACAAAUAUCAUUUAACUGUGUAUAGAUAUAGCACUAGCUAAACUUGCUUGUGUGUGGCUUACUCAAUAUCAAUGCUUUUGUCAUACCCCCACCCCCCCCAAGGGACAGACAUUUUUCCCACCCCCCCAAUUUGAAAUACUACAGAUAAUAUUUAUUCAUUUAUCUGCACUACUUCAAAACUUUAAAAAGAAACAAGAAAAAUGCAUGCAACAAAAUGGAGAGCAAAGCAUUUUCAGGAGUACUAUAAAUGUGUACAUGUUGGCAGGUCUAAAAUGAAAGGGUCCCCGCCCCACUAUUGGAGAAGCACUGCUCUAUAUGAACCUUAAGUGUUUGGUUAGUGGCUACUGCUUUGGUAUAUUAUGUGCUGUAUUUAUUGUACUGUGUGUUUAUUUCUACUGUAUGACUAAUACUAUACUGUAAUACUUUAGAUUUAGCAAGUGUGUACCUCAUCGAGCAAAGAACACGUUGCAUGAAAUUCAUAUAAGAAGUGAAUUUAAAUCACAUAAAUAUCAUUUAAUACCAAUCCAGACCGACACCAUGCACUCUCACCGAGAGGGAAUUGAAUAGAAAUAUGUUUUAUUUUUAUUUUUUUUAUUUUUUUUCCUUCUUGUCAUCUCUUUUUUUUCUUUUUUUUUUUUAGUAGGAAGAAAAAAAAAAUAUAUGUUUUAUUGUAAUGUUUUCUACAAUGUUGCUGGGCGAGUUUAGUUAUACGUUCCAUAAAAAAAUCUAAGUGAAUUAGUAGUCCAAAUAAAUGUGAUUAGUAACUAGAGAAAGUAAUUAUUGUGUUAAUAUUUUUGCAAAAGCUUCAAUUGUGUAAAAUAAAAAGGAUUUUGUAUUGUGACUUAAGUGUUGAUAUAGUAUUGACAUAGAUAUUGAUACAUAAUACAUUUCAAACGUUGUUAUUUUCAACAUGAAAAACAACAAAUUUCAUUGAUUUGAUCCAAAUUCCACUUCCACUUUUUGUGAAUAUUUUGUUUUUGUCUUAGUGUGACUUACUUGCAGUUACGCUGUCUAGCUUUAUUUGUCAUGCUUCCACUAUCCCUUUGCCAUAUUCUCUCAUAAUGUAGAUCUUUCUGAUGGAAACGUCUGUGCUGCCAUUACUAAAAGUAAGUGAUUGGUUUAAUUAACUGGUGUUAUUAUUAUGAAAUCAA